GCACCAAGGAACUAAGAAGUCGUUCUCAUAGAAGUUGUGCCGCACCUCCACACGUGGCACCUCAUAGAAGAACAAAAAGAGAACUCACUGAUGAAUAACGGCCCUCCCCUGUAGCGCAUUCCCCCCUCCCCUGCGCAUUCGUGAACGAUCAUCAAAUUCACGCGACUACAUAAACGUCAUCACUCAUAGAACUACGAGCAACUCCAUACAAAUUGUCCUUCAUUGAACCGGCAAGAGGUUUCUUCUCCGUUUUUCGAUAUCAUACCUAUCCGUGCACCAUCGCUAGACUCGGAGAGACGUUGCAGGGCUGCGUGGAUAACACUCCUUUCAGUUCUGUUCUCUUUUUUUUUUUCCGAUCGUCACGGCCACUUCUUCCUUCGCGCUUGUCAAUCACCAAUUGCACUCCAUCGGAGAAGCGCAAAAAAACUCGACCAAGCACCGCAUUGUGGCAACACACGAAAUGUCCCUGUCGUCGCUGUCCCCCGUUUCGAUGUCGGUGUCGCCGAUCGACGCCGCCGGCUCCGCCUUCACGCCCACGUCGCCGCCUUCGCGGUCGUCGGCGUCGCCGGGACUCGACGUGGCGGGGCCGCCCAACGAACUCCGCGACUUGAGGCGCCGCACCCACACGCUGCAGGCGGAGCUGGACCACUACCAGCAACUCGGCCAACGCGCGACCGACGCCUUUGAGGAGCACCGACGCGAUCUAACGCAACUGGCGCAGAAGGAGCGCGCCAUACGAAGUCAUCGCGAGGAUGCCUUGCGAGAUCAACUGCAAGACGCGUUGACGGCGAAUAAGGAGCUCAUGACCCGCGUCGCAGAGCAGCGACGCCAGCACGACGACGCGUGGCGAGCGGAGUUGCAACGGCAUCGUGACGCGAGCGCGCAGCGGCAGGCGGCGCUGGAAACGCUUCUGACGCAGCUGCACACCGAGCGGGCAGAGCUGCAGCGCAGUGUCGUGGGUGCAGAGAGGACACAGUGCGUGUAUCGUGACGAAAUUGACGCGUGCCUAGAGGAGCAGAAGCAGCUGCAACAGAAAGUGCGGCUCCUACGUGACGGCUUGGAAGGCGCAGUCGAGGCGAGGAAAGCGGACGAGGUCAACGACUGGACCGCCAAGGAGCACGAUGGUGCGACGCACGAGCCGUUGUCUACGCAUUGCGGUCAUCGCCCACGGCAGCUCUGCUGCGAAUGCUGCGACGUGCCGCCGACGGUGUGGACGGGGCCGUCGCCGACACGCCGCGUUCCACGACGGCGGUUCGUGCCGGCCGGGAAGUGGGACGCCUGCUGCCUCUCCCGAGCAUCCUCGCCUGCGACGCACCACGUGGAUGCACUUGUCUCGAAUAUUGAGAGGGAGAACUACCUGCGGCCGCGACUCUAUUUGCAGCGCUGUGGGAGAGAGAUGCCUCCGGUGUUGGCGACAGCAACGGGGCCGAGUUCCCCCCUCGGCGACAACGUUGAUAUGGAGAAGAGGGACGCCGUGCCCUAUCGUUCUGCGCUGUCGCGGCCGCAUCGAAGCAGCGCUUCGCAGGGUCUGUCGUCCACCACUGCCUCUUCCGCUUCGCGCACCUGCGGUACGAACACCUCCUCUUCUUCAUCGUCCUCCAUCAGCAGCACCUCUGUGCCCACCAGCAAACACGCAGGGGAGGAUCAGAGGCACCGCAGUACCCGCCGAACGCGAUCGCGCGAGCGGGCGCCGUCCUCUAGGCGCGUGCGUUCUCCUUCCCCGCAAUCUCGUGGUACGGGGCUUAGGGAAGGAUUUGCUGCUCAUCCUCCUCGCCUCAACGACUACAACAGAAAGGCACAACCUUCUUCCUUCUGUAUGACGACCUCUCUAACAGCGCGACACAACGCCUACAGCGGCUCCGCCAUCAACACGGUCUGUCACUCCCUCAUUUCUGAUCUGGCGUCUGCACGUGCGGAGUACCAGCGCUUCCAACAUCAACUGCGCGACCCCCGCGGCGACUCUGUUGAGGCGAGCCAGCAAAUGCGUGGGCUGAUGCGGCAGAUGGAUGACAAAAUCAAUCAGAUCCGCGCGCUGCGGAGGGAGCAGGAGAAACACCGCGACUCUCUGCGCAUGCACGAUGUGCUGCAGCAGGUGAUGGCAGAGAACCGGUACUGCGAAGCGGUUUAUAAAGACUUGAUGGAGCUCAUACGUGCGUGA